AUGAUGCCUGUCGAGCUGGGGCAGGCCCUGGUCCUGCUGCCUCCACUGGCCAAGGCAGAGGACCGCCCAUUCCCUGGACCGGAUGCUGCUCCUCAAGGGGAGCUGUGUGCCCCCGAAACUGCCCGCCAGCUCUUUAGGCAGUUUCGAUACCAGGUGAGGUCUGGACCCCACGAGACCCUGAGACAACUUCGGAAGCUCUGUUUCCAAUGGCUGCAGCCAGAGCUUCACACCAAAGAGCAGAUCCUAGAACUCCUGAUGUUGGAGCAGUUCCUGAGCAUCCUGCCCGGGGAGAUCCAGAUGUGGGUGCGCAAGCAGUGUCCAGGCAGCGGAGAGGAGGCCGUGACUCUAGUAGAGAGCUUGAAGGGAGACCCCCGGAGACUGUGGCAGUGGAUCAGCAUCCACGUUCUAGGAGAGGAAAUCUUAUCAGAGAAGGUGGCAUCUCCAAACUGCCAUGUGGGAGAGGCAGAGCCCCAUCUGGAAGUGGAGUCUCAAGCGUUGGGACUUCAGAAUCCAGCCUCGGGGUCUGGGGAGCAAGUGAGCCGUGCUGUGAAGGAGGAAUCUGAUGUGGAGCAAGAACCAGUGAAGGCUGCUUCCCAGCUGCUUGCCCAACCUGAGGAAAGGCUUGUGGGAGACCAGGACUGCGGAGGCUCUCUUCUUGCAGCACCGUCUCAGGAGCAGUGGAGGCACCUGGAUUCUACUCAGAAGGAACACUACUGGGAUCUCAUGCUGGAGACCUAUGGGAAAAUGGUCUCAGGAGGCCUUUCCAGCCCUAAAGCCGAUGCGGCUCAUUCAGCAGAGUAUGGGGACGAGCUGGCAGGACUCCACCUGCGAAUUCUCAGCUUGUCUUUCACCAGAGAACUCACACUGGAGAGGCAUACUUUCAAUGCUCCACCUGCAAAAAAGCCUUUUUGCGGAGUUCAGACUUUGUGAAGCAUCAGCGAAUCCACACAGGAGAGAAACCUUGCAAGUGUGAUUACUGUGGGAAAGGUUUCUGUGACUUCUCUGGACUGCGCCACCAUGAGAAAAUCCACACAGGAGAG